CGGUUUCUAACUCCGCUUUCAAAGCAAGUUGCUCUCAGCUCCUCUGAGGGCAGGGUGGGGACCCUAUCCAUUCUACAAAUGGGCCAGCCAAGGGGCUGGAGCCAACUCCAGUUACCCAGGGAGUCUGCGGUGGAGCUGGGGCCAAGCCCCAGACCUCUCCGGCCCACGCAUCAAGUGGGCUCUGGGUUCCGAAGGCCGCUGUGGGGCGCCCCCACCCUGGGGAGCUGGGAGUCCAGGCCCGGUUUUGCAUCAGGCCCUGCUGAGGUGUUUCCUCCUCCUCCUCCUCCACCUCCUGCUGCUGGUGGGGCAGCUGCUGGCUGGCGAGUCAGCCGCAAGCCGGAGUCCCCUGCUGCUCUUCUGGUCCCUGAAACUCAGCAGCCAGGGAAGCCAGGGUCACCGCCACCGCCGCCCUCCCAUUCUGGACUCGUACAGGCAGCUACGCAUGCCCAGCUGGGGCACGGCUCCAGCUGAUGCCCCAGAGGGACCACUCGUCCCAAGAGGGCUCUUGGGCCCUGUCCUCAGUCCCCAUGGCGCAUGGGCCAGAGCCAGAGGCUGACGGACUGUUGGACCUCAGCUUCCUGACCGAAGAGGAGCAGGAGGCCAUUGCCGACGUCCUCCGACGAGAUGCCCACCUGCGCCAGCUGGACGAAGGGCGGAUCAGCAAGCUCCGUGCCUCGCUGACAGACCCCGGGCAGCUGAAGACCCAGACGGGGGACUGGUUCCAGGAAGCACGCUCCCAACGGCACCAGCAUGCCCACUUUGGCCCUGACCUUGUCCGAGCCUCUAUCCGCAGGAGGAAGAGCACCAAGGGCAUAGGGGACCAGCCUCUGGGCAGCGAUGGCAAGGCAGAGGCUGCUGGGAAAGAGACUGAAGAGGAGCCAGAGCCCAGGCUCCCCACAGACACCGCCCCUGCCAGGACGCCCAGCGAGACUGAGGCACCGGAUUUCUGUUUCCCAUCUGUCCCGGCAGAAGCGUCAGAUCUUGAGGGGCCCCAGACCCAGGCAGCCCCGGGCCAAGGGGGCUUGCAGAUCCACGCCCAGGAGGCGGACCCGGAGCUGGAGCCCGCGUCGCCGGGAGAGCCCGAGCCGGCGGCCCAGAGCGAGGCGGCACCCGCGAUCGUGGAGAACGGCGAAGGAGCCCCGGAGUCCGGCCCCUCCUUCGACCGCAUGCUCAGCAGCAGCUCCUCCGUGUCCAGCCUCAGCUCCUCCACGCUGAGCGGCAGCCAGAUGAGCCUGGCGGGGGAGACGGAGGCCGGCGCCGUGCAAGUGCGCGGCUCCCUGCAGUUCGAGCUGCGCUACGAGCCCGACGCCGCCGAGCUGCGCGUGCAGGUGAUCCAGUGCCAGGGCCUGGCCGCGGCCCGCCGCCGCCGCUCCGACCCCUACGUCAAAAGCUACCUCCUCCCGGAUAAGCAGAGCAAGCGCAAGACGGCGGUGAGGAAAAGGAAUCUGAACCCCAUCUUCAACGAGACUCUCCGGUACUCCGUCUCGCAGGCCGAGCUCCGCGGCCGCGUGCUGAGCCUGUCUGUGUGGCACCGCGAAAGCCUGGGCCGCAACAUCUUUCUGGGAGAAGUGGAAGUGCCCCUGGACACGUGGAACUGGGACUCUGAGCCCACCUGGCUCCCCCUGCAGCCCCGGGCCCCACCCUCUCCCGACGAGCUUCCCAGCCGCGGGCUGCUCUCCUUGUCCCUCAAGUACGUCCCCGCCGGCUCCGAGGGUGCGGGGCUGCCUCCGAGCGGGGAGCUGCACUUCUGGGUGAAGGGGGCGCAGGGCCUCGUGCCGCUGCGCGCAGGAUCCCCGGACACUUACGUGCAGUGCUUCGUGCUGCCGGAUGACAGCCGGGCCAGCCGCCAGCGGACACGGGUGGUGCGCCGCAGCCUCAGCCCCUCCUUCAACCACACCAUGGUCUACGACGGCUUCGGGCCUGCCGACCUGCGCCAGGCCUGCGCUGAGCUCUCCCUCUGGGACCACGGGGCCCUGGCCAGCCGCCAGCUGGGGGGCACACGCCUCAGCCUGGGUACCGGCAGCAGCUACGGGCUCCAGGUGCCCUGGAUGGACUCGACCCCCGAGGAGAAGCAGCUGUGGCAGACGCUGCUGGAGCGGCCCUGCGAAUGGGUGGACGGCCUGCUCCCCCUCAGAACCAACCUGGUCCCUAGGACGUAGCCGUGCCUGGCACAGCCCCUGCCCUUGCUACAGUCAAUAAAGUGUGACCCGAGGGCCACGA